AUGAGACGGCAAUUGCGUCAAAGCGGAUUAUUACCGUCUAGGUCGUCUAUACAUGAGAAAAAUGCAAAAAACCAUGAUGCUUCAGAUGAAAACGACGAUGACGUCACGUGGUUAAAGAACUCUGUAGAUUUUUGGACGGAUGUCAUGACAAGGUGGGACGCCACCUAUCAUAAAAGGGCACCGUUCCGAAAUUUAUCUAUUAUCGAAUACAUGCGGACUUUUCCGUCCCUCCAAGACAAAAAGGGAUACACUCUGAUUCAAAAAGAUUUUAAUCAAUUGUAUCCCCAUUUAGAACUUAAAAUGUAUACAAAUUUUGAUUCAUUCGCAAGGAAAAUUUUAGCGUACGCUAAAAGCUUGAAUAAAAAAGAUGUCACGGAAUACAUACAAAUCUUUGAGAAUGAAUUAAAUGAGGAUUCCUAUAAUUGCCAUGUAUUGUUCCUGUUGCCCAUGUUAUUAAAACCAAUUGUCAUUAAAAAAAAAGGAACUGGGGUCUGGAAACCGUCAAGAGUUGAAAUAACCGAGGGUUUUAUUUGUCAUGUAAAGAUUGCUGGAGAAAUUAAGCCUUCUCUCGAAAGAAGGCGUUCCAAGUUAGCGACGUAUGGAUUAACUUUGCAACCCACACCGAUUCUAGUAGGAGAAGAUUUUGCAUCACUGGAGAAGUGCUAUGUAGCAGUGGAUGACGUGUUCUACGAGGUACCCACGCCAUUAAAAGCAGUAGAUGUUGCAUUUAGCAUCAUUCACGCUCUCAACGCAUGUUACCCCAGCGAAGCAGAACAAGUGUGGUUAAUAAUUCAGAGAUAUAAAUAA